AUGUCUGACCCAUUAAGCUGGACCCUACUGUUCAAGAAGCACAGAACGACCGUGCUUUUGAUGCUUCCGCCUUCCGAGACAAUCCCCAGUACCAAGUCUGCGCUCCUCAAAGCCCUUCAAGCGCGCGGCUUGAAGGAUAUCAAUGGCGACCCCGUCCCCGAGGAUCCUACUGAGAUCGAACUUGGAGUUGCAGUGGAUAAGAAUGACUUGGAGAAAGGAUGGACAAGCCUCGAACCACUAGAGUUCGAAGAUGAUGAGGCACCCAAACGAGGGGCAAAGAAAGCUACAUCUCAAAGCUUGAAAGCUGCUGAGCUUUAUAACGGGCAGGCAGUCGCCUUUAGGUUUCGAAAGCCAGGAAAAGAGGGCUCUACCGAUCUCGAUUUAGAGGAUCUUGGCUGGGAUGUCGUUGUACCUAGCCUUGAUGACGAAGAGGAGGUAGUAUAA